AAUUGUGCAGAAGUAGACAAACGCUGUGGGAUGGCUUAUCACAUCUGAUGUUAGUACAGGUGAAAGCCAAAGGUGGUUCAUUUUAGGAGUGUUGGCUAGGAGGAGCAUUUCAGCAUGACAAAGAUCACCUUUUUGCUCUGUCUGCUCGCUUUUGUUCAUCAGCUUGUUGUGGUGACCGCACUCAGAACAAAUGUUACGCACCACAGAGAAAAGCGGGAAGCUGUUCUCAUUCGUUCAAAAAGAAGAUGGGUUCUCUCGACCAUUGAUCUCGAAGAGAACAUGGAAGGACCUUUUCCCUUUAAAUUAACACAGAUGUACAAUGAUAAAGACACAGACUACAAAAUCAAGUUUCUCAUCAAAGGUGAAGGGGUCACGAUAGAACCUUUGGGUUUGUUUAGCAUUGAGGAAAACACUGGAAAUGUGUUUGUUCACCGGCCCGUCGACAGGGAGGUGAAAGCAGUCUACCACGUGGACUUUGACGUUCUGGACAAGAACACUAAUGCUGUGGUGGACAAAACACUGUCAUUUAAUGUGGAAAUAAAGGAUAAGAAUGACAAUCCACCUGAGUUCUCUCCUUCAACCAUCCAUGCAGUAAUUCCAGAGAAUGCGCAAGAUGGCGCAGUCCUGGCAACAUUACUUGCUCACGACAAGGAUCAAAAAAACACUCCUAACUCCCAGUUCACUACGAGAUUGGGCUCCCAAGAACCUGCUUUACCAAAAAUAGUCCUGCAGAACCUUACAAGUACACUGAAUCAGCUUACCCUUGCGGGCUGUUUUGAUUAUGAUAUAGCAAAACGAUAUAAAGUGCUAGUUAUAGCACAGGACAGGGGAAGACCUUUGUUGUCCUCCACUGCAACAGUUUUUCUGGACAUCGGAGACUCCAACACUCAUCCUCCUGAAUUCACAGCUGCCAAGUACAACACUGAAGUCAUGGAAAUGGAAUUCAACAAAGAGAUCUUAAGAAUCGGCGUAACAGACAAAGACACCCCAAACACACCUGCUUCAAGAGCCGUGUUUACCAUCGAGAAGGGCAAUGAAGGAAACUAUGAGAUUAAGACAGACCCAAAAACCAAUGAGGGUGUGUUGUACGUUGUCAAGGGAAAGAAUUUUGAGAAAACACAAAUCACAGAGCUGGAGAUAUCUGUGAAGAACGUGGAGAGGUUAUUUAAAUGUGUUGACGGGAGGCCUGUAACAAAUUUCGACCCUCCACCGAACACUGUUAAAGUGGAGGUGAAAGUCAUCGAUGUGAAUGACCCCCCUGUGUUUAACAAGAACGUGGAGACGCUAUACAGGCCUGAAAACACGAGUCCAGGAGAUUUGCUGUUCACACCUGAGGUUAAAGAUGAAGACUCGGAUGUAGCCAAAAUUAGGUAUGAGUUAGUAAAAGAUUCAGCAAAAUGGGUGGCUGUUGACCCAAAGUCAGGAAAAAUAACCACAGUCAAGAAAAUGGAUCGGGAGUCUUCAUAUGUCGAAAAUGACACCUACACUGUUGUGAUCCAUGCUAUAGAUGAUGGAGAGCCACAAGGCACAGGUACAUGCACCGUAGUAAUAUACCUGGGUGAUGUAAAUGAUAAUGCCCCCUAUCUCCUUAACAAGACUGCGGUCCUAUGCGGGAACAAGGUUGACCGUGUCAACGUGAAGACUGUAGACAUUGACAAACCUCCAUUUUCGGGACCUUUUUCCUUUUCCCUGAUGGGGGAAAAGGAACUUGAAGACCUCUGGAAGUUCGAUCCCACCACAGGGCACAGCACCUCCCUGAUAAGUUUGAAGAGUCUGCCACAUGGAAACUACUCCAUUCCCUUGAAGAUACAGGAUCAACAGGGCUUGGCAGCAGAAGAAGUUUUUAAUGUGGUUGUGUGCGACUGUGUGGGAGAAAAUGUGUGCCGCGGUCGGCAGGCGUGGUCCGCUAGGUUGGAUUCAGCAGGCAUCGGUCUCCUUUUUACUGGAAUUAUCCUGUUGGCCUUAUUACUCCUGUUUUGUUUACUGUGUGAGUGUGGAAGCAAGACUUCUCAACAUAUGCCACUAGACCUGCACGACGAGGGAACCCAAACCCUUAUUAAAUACAAUGAGGAGGGAGGAGGCUCCGUCUAUAAGCCUGAACCUGUUCCAGCUGGCAAUGCUGUUGGCAUGAAGAUUGCAUCUGCACCGCCCGAGCACAUGAUUGAUGGAUUCAAAAAGAGUGAACAUGGCUCACUCAGAAGCCCUUUAGGGUAUUCUUCCAAGAAAUUUCAUGAAAUGUCCAACGGCGGAGGUGUGAGUAGCAUGCCACAUCAAAGCUGGUCAAUGGCUCGAAUCAACACGGGAAGGAGUGGAGUGAGUCAGUUGAGUCGUUCAUAUAGUUCACGAUCAGACAAAAACCUGGCAGAUCAUAUUGACUGGAGACUCAUUGGGCUUCCAGAAGAUCAGAGAGACUAUCCCGAAUAUUUGCCAUAUCAGUAUGAAUGUGAAGGAAAGGAAAGUGAUUGUCAGUCAUUAGAUCAGCUCACGGUUAGCAAUCUCGGAGAUAACCUGGACUUCCUGCAGAACCUCGGGCCAAAAUUCAACACUCUGGGUGGGAUUUGUCAACAAUCCAUGACACGCAAAAAUGUCAGACUUUGAAGAUGGAUGCUGAUUUAACGCUUUGGGUUUUUUACUUUAUAUUAUUCUGUUUUUCUAACACUUCUGUUAUAAACUUUACCUCUUGAAAGUCACCUUUUUACAUGUGGGAGACCGGUGUAAGACACAAAGGGUUAACAGGGUUUUUAGGCUCUUUUUUAGACUUUUAUUAUGGCUAUACGCUUUCAAAAUUAAGUCUUCAGUGCCAUGUCUGGCCAUGAAGGAUCUCUGGGAUAAACUGUGCAUUUAAGUUUAAUAUAAAAAAAGAGCAUUUUUGAACUUUGGUGCUUGAAAUGAAAAUUCACAGGACUUCUGCUUAUGCUCCAAAAAAGAUGUUACCAAACUAGUAUUUUUGUCUUGUUUCCAGGAACGAUAUCCUUUAAAUCUAGACUUUAGUCAAGAAACAGAACUGUGACUUAUUUUCGUGGAUACGUUUUAAAGUUAGUUUGUUUUUCUUACCACAUUGUCAUUUUGAGGCAUAAAUCUAACAAAAUUUAAAAGCUCACUUCAAUUAAGAUAAAGCCUAUUCUCUAAAAAAAGUAUCAUAAUGUAAUUUAUGUAAACAAAUUAGUAUAUUUAUUGAGGAUGUUUUAGUGAAAACAACAAAAACAUGAUUGAGAAAAUUUUUUGCAGAUCAUCGGUGUUGUUUUGCACUUAACUUGGAUGACUCCAGCACUUGUGCUUAAGAACUUUAUAGCUUUCACUUGGGCUCAAAUGUGAAUGAAAAACAGCAGAGGUGAUUAAAGAUUAUAAAUAAAA